AUGCUUGAAAUAUAUGAUGAAAAGGUACAUGACCUACUCUCUGGUGGAAGAGAACCUCUUCAAGUUCGUGAACACGAAGGAAGCGUUUUUGUGCAAGGGCUGUCAAAAAGCCAGGUUCGUAACCUGGUGGAGACCAUGUCACAACUAGAAAAGGGAGGAUCUCUUAGAAGCAAAGGUCAAACAGCAAUGAAUGCUCAGAGUAGUCGUUCGCACGCAAUAUUCACGAUUUCACUUGAGAAGACGGCCACAGGAGAGGAGGACAACGGUUUCACUGCAAAGCUGCAUCUGGUCGAUCUAGCGGGAUCCGAGCGCUUGAAGAAAACUCAAGCAGAGGGAACGCGCAAGAUGGAAGGGAUAAGGAUCAACGAAGGUUUGCUUGCACUGGGAAACGUCAUAUCUGCCUUAUCAGAACAAACGGGUAACAAUCGACACAUACCGUACAGAGAUUCAAAAAUUACUCGGCUUCUUCAAGAUUCUCUUGGAGGCAACUCGUACACAGUUAUGAUUGCAUGCAUUUCUCCGGCGGAUUCAAAUGCUGAGGAAACACUUAGCACAUUGAGGUGUUGUUAA